AUUGAUUCCAUGUUUUGCAAAAACACCACAGGAAUGGAUGUAAUGAGAUAUGAUUUAUUCAUGCGUCACGUAUUAUCUGGUGUAACUCGUAGUGUCAGGUUCUUCCGAGGAGAAGGAUUCUACGACGAAAUACGACUUGAGAACAGACAACCGGAUAUACCUUGCAAAAGCCUGUUGGAAAAAUUCACAAAUUUGAAACGAUCAAAAACAAAGUGUGACGAAUGAGAAUGUUUAAGUUGAAAAAGAAAAUCAACAACGAGGGUUUAGCGCUGUCCAAGGGAAAAUGAGGUACGCCAUCAGUACAAGCUAACCUGAAAACUGGGUGGAAGAAUCGCAUGGCAGUGAUUUUAGACGGGAAAAAGGUCUGCAUCUGCCUCCCUCUCAUAGGACUGUUUUUGUGUUGUUUGUACAGUAUUUUAUUGAAGGAACCUAAAACGCUGUUUGCAAGCAGAGGUUCCAAAGGUGGAGACGAGUUAUUAGAAGGAGACAGUGAUAUAAACAAUUCCUUGUCAUGGGAAUUUGAUAACCCCGUUGGACUUUGGUCUUCAAGUGCAGCAGGAAAGACUACAGAAAAAUGGAAUGAACUCGUCUCCAAAGAAAGUAACGAACAUAUUGUGCAAAAACGUCUUCCAAAUGCUAUAAUCAUAGGCGUCAAGAAAGGAGGUACAAGAGCUUUGUUGGAGUUUCUAAGGAUCCAUCCAAGGAUUAAGGCGUGCCCGUGGGAAGUGCAUUUCUUUGACACCGAUAAGAAUUACCAGUUGGGACUGGACUGGUAUCGGGAACAAAUGCCAGAAUCACAUUCAGAUGACAUCACUAUUGAGAAAACACCAGCUUAUUUUGUGAGGGAUAAGGUUCCUCAAAGGGUUUAUGAGAUGUCAAAGACCGUCAAACUCAUUGUGAUAGUACGUAACCCCGUCGAUAGGGCAAUUUCGGAUUAUGUGCAGGUUACACAAAGAAGGCAUGGCGUUCUACCGCCGUUUGAGAAAUAUAUAACGAAAGAUAAAACAGAAAAGGCUCUGAGAACUUCAAUCGGUUUAUUAAGAAUUGGUGUUUACGUGAAACAUUUACGAAAUUGGUUAAAAUACUUCCCUAUCUCACAGUUUCACUUCGUCAACGGAGAUGAAUUGAUUAGUAACCCAGCCAAGGAACUGCAAACUGUGGAGAAAUUUCUUAACAUCGAACCCCUAAUUAAGAAGGACAACUUCUACAUAAACCAAACCAAACGUUUUCCUUGUGUAAGUACGUCUUUCAAGGUGAAAAAAGGGAAUUCAGGGUGUUUAUCUGAGGCUAAAGGGAGGCGUCACCCUUAUGUUAGAAAUGACAUUCGCAAACUUUUAGAAAACUACUUCCGGCCAUACAAUGAGGAGUUUUAUAAAGAGGUAGGAAGAGACUUUCAUUGGUCAUAAACAAAUGAGUGUCAUACUUGAACACUAACGGAUAUUGCAAGUAUACUUAUGCAAUAAUGUCAGUAUUGUUACUUCUAAAAAACAUUUUAUCAGUAAAAUUGCUCUUGUUGA